CUAUCAUGUCGUCUGCUUUGGCCCAGACCUCCAGAGUCUUGUAGGGCUAUACAUUUUUUUCAAAGGGAACCUGGAAAAUUUAAUAGUUAAAUAAAAAAAGUUGUAAAAUAUAUCUUUUUACCUUAAGAAAAUUGUUGAACAAACCAUGUGCUAGCGCUCAAAGGUAUAUAAAAAAGCAAGGAUUUCAAUUAAGCUUUUGAUGACGUGUUCGUGACUGGACUUGAUAAUCGUGAAAAUCAGUAGUGCUAAACACAGUUUAAUUUAAUUAGCUUGAAACAUUGAAGCUAUUGUAAAAAAUAAAAUGGAUGAAGACUUUAUACGAUUCUCAGAUGAUAUAGUCUCAGGUGAUGCUGUGCAACGAACAAGCUGUGAAAAGUGCAGACGUCCUCUUCGAGUGUGUUGGUGCUCUUAUUUGCCAGAUACCCCUGUUAAAAUCAAUGGUAAAAUCAUCAUUUUACAACACCCAGAUGAAGAGAAAAGAAAUCUUAAAACAGGACCAAUGCUUUUUCAUGGAAUGACAAGUGGACAGUGCCUUAUUUUCUAUGGAAAGAAAUUUCCUUCUGCGAAACAUCAAGGACUGAAAGAAAUGCUAGAGGAACCACACACUUAUGUCCUAUAUCCUGGACCCCAAUCUAAGUGCAUCACUGACAUAUCACAUACUCAUCCACAAGGAGAAUCUUAUAAUCUUGUAUUGAUUGAUGGAACAUGGCAGCAAGCAAAAUCUAUGUAUUUUCAUAGCCCUUUCCUUCACUCUUUACCUCAGGUUUCCUUGCCAGAGCUGGGUCCCAGUUUGUAUGUCAUCAGGACUCAACCAUCUGAAUACUGCCUAUCAACAGUUGAGUCAGCAGCUUUAGCCAUGUCUAUAAUGGAAAAAGACAAAAGCAUUGUUGAUAAAUUAGUUCAUCCAUUAAAAGCACUGUGCACAUUCCAACUAAAAUAUGGUGCAGUUGAACAUCAGGAUAAAGUUACUCUUUUGGAAUUAGGUCAGUACAGAAAACCAGUAGGAAAACGGACAAUGAAAUUUCUUAGGCAAACAGCCCACAAGUCAGUGUUGGAAAAAUUAUAAAAGCCUAUUUUACCUUUAAUAUUCUUUGUUGUGUCAUCCUCGGAGGCUAUUUUUGACUGAGGAUCUUUUGCUCCCAUUAAACUGUGUAGUCUCCCCAUUUCAUCAAGGUCCCUGUACAAGUGUUCUUCUACAUGAUCCAUACGAGGAUGUAAGGCGUCCAUCUGAGCAACAAUACAAGUGACAACAAUUUCCUUUUA